UCAUCCCUGGUGUGGGAUGACGUCAAAUUCAAAAUGGAUGGAAUCACGGCAGUCACGCGCUCUACGGAAUUCUGCGAGAAAGUCUAGCUGGUGGGGCUCGCGGGGAACGCAGACACGGAGAAAGGGUGAGGCAGGCUGGAAAAUAACUUUCGGUUCAAAACGGAGGGUCGGUUACCCUGCCAGCUAGUGUUUGGAAAAGGCGUCCUUUCCUGACGUAACUCUGAGGGUGAACACCAUGGAGGGGCUGACUCAUUACAUUAACCCAGCACAUGCAGUGUCCUUGCUCAGCUCACUAAAUGAACAGCGCUUGAAAGGGAAACUCUGCGACGUCCUUCUGAUCGUGGGGGAUCACAAAUUCCGAGCUCACAAGAGCGUCCUGGCAGGGAGCAGCGAGUAUUUCCACUCGCUGUUUGCCAGUGGAGACGGCGAAACCCGCUCCGUAGUCCAGCUCGAUUUCUGUGAACCAGAUGUCUUUGAGGACGUGUUGAAUUACAUCUACUCCUCUUCCAUCGUUGUUGAAAAGGACUGCCUAGCAGCAGUCCAGGAACUUGGAUACAGCCUUGGGAUCUCCUUUCUCACCAACAUCCUGUCCAAGAAGCCACAAGCCUUGUACACUGGCUCCAGGAGGAGGACACCCUUCUCUGAGGAGGACGAGAGUGGUUUGCAAAAACGUACUGUCAUUGUGUGCCAGGGUCGCAGUGAUAAACCACGCACAAGUUCAGCACAAGGGAAACAGCCUAGCCCGACGCCACUGGCUGAUUUAAAACAAUUUUCCACUAUAAAGAGCAACAAGACAUCUACUAGUCAAAACGUAAGUGAAUCCGGUCAAGCUUGGGCAAAAGACAGCGGCGCUUCUUCAGGUAAUGACAAAGAAAGUGAAACGCCAGCAAGCGUCUCGCCCGUCAGGAAGUCCGCCGGUGUCAUUGAGAGUCUUGUCAGAAAGACCAGCCCAGCCACUGUUGUGCAGAUGGGGAAGUCCAUCGAGAUGUCUCCUACAAGGCCGCAGUUGUCCACUUCCUUGUCCUUUAACGAUUCGAAAGCAUUGCAGGAGAGAGUGCAGCCAAACAGCACUGGCCACAGAGACCACAGAACCCUGGCGCAUCAUUCCAGUGUGGGACCCCAUGCUUCUCCAGGAAGACCAGAACCGGACAGGCAGAGAAUCGACAGGAGCGGCCCACUUAUCAAGAGUCUCUUGCGCAGGUCAUUGUCUAUGGAUAGCCCGGUUCCUUUCUAUUCCCCAGCUUUCGAAUUGAAAUCUAUGCAAGCCCCAGAAGAAACCGUGCUUCGACCAGGGCCUGAAAAGUCUGCUGAGCACAAACGGGUCAAGGAGACGCCAAAGGUUAUUCAGCCACCACACCGUAGACCUGGUGUUUUCAGCAAGCCCUCUGAAACGGAGGUCCAUGUGAAAACAGAACCAAGCAGCCCACUCGUGGAUCCUCCUGAGAUAAUAAGAGUGACUGUCGGGGAUGGUUUGCCUGUAAACCUGAGAGACCUGCAGAUGAACACUGAGCACCUUAGAAAUGUAACCAAGCACUCUUUUAAAAGGAAGUCCCGGCCAGACUGCAAGAGAACCCCGUCUAAGAAAUCGAAAUAUGUUAUCGAUGAUGGCGAUUUCGGAAUGGAGCAAACCAGACGUGCCACAGCUCCCCACGAUUCCGAUGCGGAAGGGGAUCCCGAAUUAAACGAAACGCGGCAGAGCAGGAUAUUUAAAUGCUGGAGCUGUCUGAAGAUAUUCAGAUCUAACACUGGACUCUAUCGGCACGUCAACAUGUAUCACAAUCCCGAGAAGCCGUAUUCCUGCGACAUCUGCCACAAGCGCUUCCAUACGAACUUUAAAGUGUGGACACACUGCCAGACUCAGCACGGCGUAGUGAAGAACCCGGCCCCUGCUUCCAGCUCUUACUCCGUCUUGGAUGAAAAGUUUCAGAGGAAGCUCAUAGACAUCGUCAGAGAAAGGGAAAUAAAGAAAGCCUUGUUGGCCAAGCUGAGACGGAACAAGCAAGGACUAGGUGGCUCCCAAGCUCAGCAUUUUCCCAAAAGGGGCCUGAGGUCAAAGCCUAAGACCUACUUCUGUACUUACUGUGGAAAGGUGUUCCGUUUCCACUCGCAGUUCAAGCAGCACAUAAAGAUGCAUCCUGGGGAAAAACCUGCAACGGAAGUCGAUGAAGAAAGAGAAGGUGGCGGUGGUGGUGAUCAUCUGUCCAAAUUGCAGGAGCCGCCUGGCUGCCCCAGUCCAGGGAAAGCACAAGAACUGUACCCUUGCAAACUUUGCAAUGCGAAACUGCCCUCGCCAGUGGAACAGGGAAACCACGAGAGACUCUGCAGGCAUGCCACCGUGUGCCCGUACUGCAAUCUGAGGUUCACCACCCCAGAGUUAAAGAGAGAACACGAGGGCCAGUGUGAAUACAAAAAGCUCACCUGUCUUGAAUGCAUGCGCACCUUUAAGUCCUCCUUCAGCAUCUGGCGUCACCAGGUCGAGGUUCACAAUCAAAACACAAUGACCCCGAAGGAGCGGCUGUCCCUCAGUCCCGCCGAUCUCAACGGGGAAACACCCGAGGAAGCUGCAAGACCGGAACCCGAGUUGGCAGAAGCGAGGGGCUCAUGCGACUCCUCGACAGUUUCCAAAAAUGACCCGGUCCUCAGUGAUUAUUCCGAACAGAUGCUCUUUGAGGACUCUGACGAGUCCCUGAACGCUCCAGAGGAUCUGAGCGUCUCCCGAAAGUUGGAUUUGAAAAUCAAAGAGGAGCCAGCAGAAGAGGCUGAGGAGGUGGUAGAGGACGAUGAGGUCUCCGAGCCGGGGGUGGAACUGAAGGACAGUGCUGCUGGAAUGGAAGUAAACGUCUGGACAUGUGAGAAGUGCGGCAAGAUCUUCGCUGUGCGCAACCAGCUCGAGCGUCACCAGGAGCUGCUGUGUCACAUCAAGCCCUUCGUGUGUCACAUCUGCAACAAGGCCUUCAGAACCAACUUCCGUCUCUGGAGCCACUUCCAGUCCCACAUGGCCUCCUCGGAAGAGUCGUCGUCAAAGGAAGCCGAUCCACCGCACCCCUCCUCUGCCUCCCCGUCGCCUCCCCCACCUACACCCGCACCCCCACAGCCACUAUCGCCCCCUUCCAGGGUAAAGAGACCUGAGACGGAGAGAGCUAGGAGGGCCUCCUUCUCCUCUUUCUCCACCCCAAAGCCAAGCGAUCCUGACAAAUCCAUCACCCCUCAGGAGUCGGAUACUCUCUUCUACCAUGCCCCUCCGCUUUCAGCAAUUACCUUCAAAAGACAGUUCAUGUGCAAACUCUGCCACCGGACUUUCAAGACAGCCUUCAGUUUGUGGAGCCAUGAACAGAGCCACACUAAUGUGUAACCAGGACGAUUCUGUGCAGGAAUGAAAGUACUGCUCUUCCUGUGCUCAAGUCUUGCACUUGCCCAUUAUGACAGCACUUAGGAUGAGGUGGAGCGUCACAUGGCACAGCUAGUAAUCGCAAUGCUAAGGGAUAAGGGAUGUCUCUAACAAUGCCUUGUGUGGCAUUGUCUCAUUGAAGGAAUUGGGGAUUUAUAAUGCGUCUCUCAACAUCUCUGAAUAUCUCAAUUGUUUCUGAGCAGUGCGGAAUGGUUUUAUUCAGAAUAUGGUAGAUAUUGGAUCUUAAAAUAACUGGGGCUUGGUUUACAGUUGGUCAUUCAAACAAAACCAAAAAACUAAACGUGACACGUGCAAAACCGCUAAUGAAUCUGAAUUACUUCAGCACAAUAAACAUCGCAGAAGUAAUUGUGGCAGUAGAGCAAUAUCACAGGUAUUGCAGCCUUGUUUGGAAAGUAGUCUUUGUCACUAUCGAGAACUGAAUCACUUCUAGCAAUAACAGAACCAUUCUAAAACUAAUUUUUAUACCUUGUAUACACAUCUAGAAAAACCCACAAUACUUUGCAAUGGAAGCGGGAGAAACUGUCACCCACAAUGCUGUUCAUUUGUACCUGUGUGAGGAAUGUUGGAUUUGAUUUUGGAUUUGAAAUAGGAACUUCCUGUUUGCAUGUUCAGGUUUCCUGCCUCUUUCUGGUUUUCGGAUGUUUGCAAUCGUUCUUCGUGGUUUGAAUUGCAAUCACUCCAGUGCUGCACUGGUGUGCUUCACCGGAGUCAAGCAGCUGCUCUUCACCUCUGUUUGCAUGCCACGGACAUGUGGAACAUAGGCUACAUCAGCCACAUGGCUUUUUACAAGUACUGCCAUACAGUGAUCUGCCACAUUGGAUUAAGUUUCCUUUUGUACUGCUGGCAGUUCACUAGCUGUGCACUAGAUGGGGCUGGUGCUCGACUAACAUAGGGAAUAUAUUGGCAGAUCUACUCUAUUUUACGUGUAUCCUAAUCCCCUUCGAUCACUGUGUGUACAAUUGAACCAUGUUAGGUUUCCUAUCUAUGUAUCUGCUUUACAAAUACAUAUAGAUGGGUUCUUUUUUCAAAGUUUUGGCAGGUCAACUUUUCAGUCCCCGAAACUGUUUUCCUAACAAAUGUAAUGAAGAAGUCGUGAGCGAAGGUGAUAGGACUAGAUGAGCAGAUCCUAAACCCAGGUAAAAGCACCCUUUCGUUCAUGAGUUUUAAUGCCAUUUUUCAGAAUUUGAAAUAGUUUGUGUGAACUCUAUGGAGUUAAAGAAGUUCCCUGCCAAAAUGCUAAUUGUACACACAGUGACUGAAGGGGAUAUAAGAAGUACACACAACACACAAGCUGUCAGUGGUUGCUAUGAGAACCACUCUGAAUGAUUGCUACCAGGUAAGAGGACCGGCCGUUUAAAACAAGAGAGGGAGGAUGAAUCUGAUCCUGCUUGCUCUGGGAGUUGAUUCUCACUGGAAGGGAGAUUGCUGUAUAACAAAGUUAACCCUUCUGACAUUUUCUAUACAUUUCGCUUGUGCUCUGCUCUGCAGUGCGCACAUAAAUACUGAAACGCAUUAGCAUACUGUACCGCUUGUUACUUUUCAAUAGGUUACAGCCUGCUGAUGCUGUUAUAAACCCCCUAGUGAAUACUGUCACCAGGGAAAUGCAUCGUCUAGUCUGCAUCAUCAUCAUCAUCAUCAUACAGAAUAUAUGUGCGAGUGACCUUGGGUUAAAAACAAGCAUCAACAAUACGUUUCUCUUGUUUGUAAUUGAAGUGACGUCCUGGAAAGUGUUAAAUCAAGGUGCAAAAGCAAGGAAUAUGAAAGUCAAGAUCUCUCCUCCUCCCUGGAACGAGUGUAAAUAUUGUACUCUUCAUCAGCCCCUAAUGAAUCCCCUUGGAUCUCACACUUGUUACAUUGUAGCCACAAAAGCUAAGCGCCUCGUUAUUCUGUCUAUUUAUUUAUUAUUCUGUGGGCACAGGGAUAUUAGUUCUUAUAAAGCCACUGUUUCAUUUAAACACAGCUUCUUUGAAAGGUUUUGGCUCAUGGAGGGCAAAGAACUAGAACUUAACCCAUUAAAUGCCAUUGUCCUCAUUUCAGGACAGGCUGCUUUGUCGUUUAUAACUGGCAUCUACAGUGUACCUGUUUUAUUUUUCUCUUUAAAUAUAUUGUAAUGUUAACUUACUCUCAUUUUGUUAAGCGCAGAAGUUAAGUCUAAAUGCAGUGUAUCAAAUGACUAAACACAGCUUGUGUUCUGAUUUGUUUUUCUUAGGUUUUAGAAAUCGAUGCAAGUGAUUUUGACAGCAUUCGGGUUUCCUUUUGUCUUUUUCUCUGGCAGUCCAGUAGUAAUACCUUUAUUCUCUUUGUCUGUUUUUUUUCUUUCUGUUUGAAUGGUACACCAGGGGGAAGGCUUCCUUUCCAUUGUUUUGUUAUUCUGCCUGUGCAGCUUCAUGUUUUUAUUCUAAUUGCAAAUUCUGAUGCUAAAUAGACUAGGGGCCUUGAAAUGCUCACAGCGUUGAUAUAGUCUUGCUUAGCUGGGACAGUUUUGUGGUGUGCUUGGCAUUCAUUUACAGCCAGUGUUAUUUUUAAAUGUGCCAGCAACUCCAAAAUAUACUAACUUUGUUUUUGCUAAGCAUUUAAAAAACAAACAAUAAUAAACUAUGUAGAUGAGCAUGUGUAGAAAAUCACGUAAAAACAGAAAUAUGUUUUUGUUUAUUUUAAAAUGCAUCUGUGUUCUUAAAAAUAUUCUUUUUUUGGGGGGGGGGGGUGUGUCUCUAUGGUGUAUGGUACAAAAAAGAUCUAAUUUCAUGGGGUUUUUUUUGUUUUUUUUCAAAGAAUUGUGUUUAAUAUUGCACACAGAGCAAACCCUUUUGUCCUUAAAUAAUACUGUAUAUUAAUCUAAGGGUUUCAGUGCAGUGAAGUCCAGCCUGAGUGACCUGGGUGCUGUAUCAGUACUCUUCUAACACCUCAUGGGGCUGGACAGCCCUGCGGCGCUGAGCUUUCUAACCAGCGUGUGAGAUGCACACUGGACCUUGUAGGAGUCAAUUAAACAUUUGCCAUGUUUCCCUUUCUUGGAUACACCCUCACUGCAGUGUGAAAUCUCCUCGAAGCAUACCUUAAGAACAGUGGGUCGGUCCGUGGAAUACCAGAGCGGAUUUCGGAGUUCUCCUGAAAACAUGUCAUGUAGGAGCUGUUGUUUUGAUCACCCAGUCUUGCGAUUGGAUGAUCCUUUGAAAACAGCCAGUCUUGCGAUUGAAUGAUCCUCUGAAAACAGCCAGUCUUGCGAUUGGAUGAUCCUUUGAAAACAGCCAGUCUUGCAAUUGGAUGAUCCUUUGACAACAGCCAGUCUUGCGAUUGGAUGAUCCUUUGACAACAGCCAGUUUUGUGAUUGGAUGAUCUUUUGACAACAGCCAGUCUUGCACAUCUGUUUAAGGUGAGAGGGGGUCUAACUGUCACAUGAUUGAGAUUACUAAUGCAGGGCACUGUUGUGUAAGAAGGUGCUGGAAAUCAAGCAUCUAAAGCUGAGGGAACACUAAGCCACUUUGAGGCUUGGAACUUGGUUUCAGGAGACUAGGUUUCAGGCCACUGCAC